AUGCAAAAACGGUUAAUAGCAGUUAAUGCAAAACUAAAAAAACAAUUAAGUCAACAUCAUUGUCGAGGUUGUAAAUGUGCCAUUCUAUCAAAUGGAGAUGUACAACAAGAUAGAAAAGAAGAGCAAGAUUAUCAUGAUAAUGAUGAUAGUGAAAGUUCUAUCAUUGUUGCAGAUUAUCAAGAUUAUCAAUUAAAACAAAAACCUUCAACAUCAUCUCUGACCUCACAUUCCAUAAUAAAACGAUGCAGAAACAAGAAAAUUCCUCGUAUUAUAUGCGAUAUUGAAGAUACAGACAAUUUUGAUGGUAAUAACAAUCGAUUUACUAAAACAACGUGUGAUAAUAAUUAUAAUGAUUGUCAUGAAGACGACGAUGGUAAAAAUAUUAAUAAUGGUGAUAAUGCCAAUAAUAGUGAUACUAUGAAUGAUGAAAACAAUAAAGAUAAACUAUUCAUGGUAAUAGAUCCGUAUGAAUUUGAAACAACAAAUGAUGAUAAUCAAUCAGAACAUGAAAUUAAAGACGAAGUUGAUAGAGAUAUUGAUCAAAAGGAAGAGAAAGAUGAUGAAACAACUCGUUUACCAGUAAUUUUGCAAGCUAUUAUUCGACAAAAAGCUAAAAAAAAUAACAAUGCUAAAUCUUAUUUACUUCAAAUUCCUCGUUAUCCAGCACUGUGUGAAUUUCUUUGUGAUAAAUCUCAUACGUCGUUUAAUCGUCGUCCGAGUGGAGCUCAAGUUCGUUCACUUAUGGUAAAUCAUUUAAGUCAACACUUAGCUAAUGAUGCCAAAAUGCGUAUGCGUCUAUGUGAUGAAUUACGUGAGAUACAUCGAUCAUACAUGAGAACAUUCAUGAAUAAUCCACAUACAUCCGGUGCUGAAUAUAUCUUUCCAUAA